CACAGGGUACCUCAUCUGGGCAUGGGCUUAUUUUUAGGUUGAGGGUUACCCAGAUUAGUGGGGCCCCUCCUCAAAGCCGAGCUCCUGACCCUUCUCACAGUCACCGGCACCCAGCCUGCUCCUGGGAUUCCGAAGGGCAGAGCCCACUGCCCGCUCCGCCUGUGCCUCCGGACGCGUCCGGAAAGUUACGAACAGAUCGGUGCUUUCCUCUCGGUAGUAAACGCAGGUUCGGCGGUUUCCGGCCCAGCUUCGGCAAGUUCCGCCGGCGCCGGUCGGAAAUGGCCGCCGGCCGGCAGGGGGAGCGGAGGAUCCGGCGCGGCCUGGGAGGCUUGCAGCCGGCGGCCAGAGCGGCUUGUGGGAAGCGGACUUUCACUCAGGCAACAGCGGUGGCUCGUCCCUGACUGGAAGCCGGUAGGAGUCCGAGCAGCAUGCAAGCCUGAGGACCCGGGCAGGGCAGGAAAGGCUGGUGGGAAGGACCGGGCAGCCUUGAGCUUGCGGCCGUGGCGGGCGGAGGCGCGAGCGGCAGUGCCUGGGAGCUGCUACGGCGGCACAGCCGGGAGAACAAGCACUGAUGACCAUUAGUUCAGGCAAUCCUGUGCUGAGGCAUAUGCGACUACAUAAGCCAGAGAGAGGAAGAGUGCUGCCAGGCCUGAUUGCUGGUAGUGACCUGGAGGACGGGGCUGGCAUUUCAAACGGCCAGUUGUUUUUCCCAGUCACUGCAUAACUUAUAGAAGCUAUGCAUACCGGCUAGCCAACAAAGCCAAGGAACAAAAGCUAUGGCAGUUGAAGCGGUCCCUGGGAGUCUAGGGCUUUUCCCCUGGAUUUUAACACCACGGAUCUCUUUCUUUUCAUCCCAUCAGCAAUGUGGUACCUCCUCCUAUUUGAUGACAACAGCCGAUACUUAGGAUUUAGAGACCAAGUUAGAGACCUGAGCCACAGCGAGGAAAAUGAAAUUCCCAUUUUAUUUGGUGCCUUGUGCAGGGAGCACACUGAUCCCUCUAGAACCUUGUGUGUGAAAAAGAGGUCGAGUUUUGUCAAACAGACUCAUGGUUAUGGCAAGUGAUCCGACGUGACCAGAGUGGGCAAGAGCCACAGUGAACUCAUGACAGGCUAUACCAUGUUGCGGAAUGGGGGAGUGGGGAACGGUGGUCAGACCUGUAUGCUGCGCUGGUCCAACCGCAUCCGGCUGACCUGGCUGAGUUUCACGCUGUUCAUCAUCCUGGUCUUCUUCCCCCUCAUUGCCCACUAUUACCUCACCACUCUGGAUGAGGCAGAUGAGGCCGGCAAGCGCAUCUUUGGCCCCCGGGCUGGCAACGAGCUCUGUGAGGUAAAGCACGUCCUAGAUCUUUGUCGGAUCCGCGAGUCUGUGAGCGAAGAGCUUCUACAGCUAGAAGCCAAGCGGCAGGAGCUGAACAGCGAGAUUGCCAAGCUAAACCUCAAGAUUGAAGCCUGUAAGAAGAGUAUAGAGAACGCCAAGCAGGACCUGCUGCAGCUCAAGAAUGUCAUUAGCCAGACAGAGCACUCCUACAAGGAGCUGAUGGCCCAGAACCAGCCCAAACUGUCACUGCCCAUCCGGCUGCUCCCUGAGAAGGAUGACGCUGGCCUUCCACCCCCCAAGGUCACUCGGGGUUGCCGGCUACACAACUGCUUCGAUUACUCUCGUUGCCCUCUGACGUCUGGCUUUCCUGUCUUCGUCUAUGACAGUGACCAGUUUGCCUUUGGGAGCUACCUGGACCCUUUGGUCAAGCAGGCUUUUCAGGCUACAGUGAGAGCCAACGUUUAUGUUACAGAAAAUGCAGCCAUCGCCUGCCUGUAUGUGGUGUUAGUGGGAGAGAUACAAGAGCCCGCUGUGCUGCAGCCUGCCGACCUUGAGAAGCAGCUGCAUUCUCUGCCACACUGGAGGACAGACGGACACAACCAUGUCAUCAUCAAUCUGUCCCGGAAGUCAGACACACAAAAUUUACUGUACAAUGUCAGUACAGGUCGGGCCAUGGUGGCCCAGUCUACCUUCUAUGCUGCCCAGUACAGAGCUGGCUUUGACUUGGUUGUGUCACCACUUGUCCAUGCCAUGUCUGAACCCAACUUCAUGGAAAUCCCACCGCAGGUGCCAGUUAAGCGGAAAUAUCUCUUCACUUUCCAGGGUGAGAAGAUUGAGUCUCUAAGAUCUAGCCUUCAGGAGGCCCGUUCCUUUGAGGAAGAAAUGGAGGGUGACCCUCCGGCCGACUAUGAUGAUCGAAUCAUUGCCACCCUCAAGGCCGUACAGGACAGCAAGCUAGAUCAGGUGCUGGUAGAAUUUACUUGCAAAAACCAGCCAAAGCCCAGUCUGCCUACUGAGUGGGCACUGUGUGGGGAGCGGGAAGACCGGCUAGAGUUACUGAAGCUCUCCACCUUCGCCCUCAUCAUCACUCCCGGGGACCCGAGCCUGCUUAUCUCAUCUGGCUGUGCAACACGGCUCUUUGAAGCCUUGGAGGUGGGAGCUGUGCCUGUUGUCCUUGGGGAGCAGGUGCAGCUUCCGUACCACGACAUGCUACAAUGGAAUGAGGCCGCCCUAGUGGUGCCCAAGCCUCGUGUUACAGAGGUUCACUUCCUGUUACGAAGUCUGUCAGACAGUGAUCUGUUGGCUAUGAGGCGGCAAGGCCGCUUUCUCUGGGAGACCUACUUCUCCACCGCUGACAGUAUUUUUAAUACCGUGCUGGCCAUGAUUAGGACUCGAAUUCAGAUCCCAGCUGCUCCCAUCCGGGAAGAGGUAGCAGCUGAGAUCCCCCAUCGUUCAGGCAAGGCAGCUGGUACUGACCCCAACAUGGCUGACAAUGGGGACCUGGACCUGGGGCCGGUAGAGACAGAGCCGCCCUAUGCCUCACCUAAAUACCUCCGUAAUUUCACUCUGACUGUCACUGACUGUUACCGCAGCUGGAACUCCGCACCCGGACCUUUCCAUCUUUUUCCACACACACCCUUUGACCCUGUGCUGCCCUCUGAGGCCAAAUUCCUGGGCUCAGGGACUGGAUUUCGGCCCAUCGGUGGUGGGGCUGGGGGCUCUGGCAAGGAGUUCCAGGCAGCGCUUGGAGGCAAUGUCCAGCGGGAGCAGUUCACAGUUGUGAUGCUGACCUACGAGCGGGAGGAAGUGCUCAUGAACUCCCUGGAGAGGCUCAAUGGCCUCCCCUACCUGAACAAGGUAGUGGUGGUGUGGAACUCUCCCAAGCUGCCCUCGGAGGACCUUUUGUGGCCAGACAUUGGUGUCCCCAUCAUGGUUGUCCGUACUGAGAAGAACAGUUUGAACAAUCGGUUCUUGCCCUGGAAUGAGAUAGAGACAGAGGCAAUAUUGUCCAUCGAUGACGAUGCCCACCUCCGCCAUGAUGAAAUCAUGUUCGGGUUUCGGGUGUGGAGAGAGGCGCGUGAUCGCAUUGUGGGGUUCCCUGGCCGGUACCAUGCGUGGGACAUCCCUCACCAGUCCUGGCUCUACAACUCCAACUACUCCUGUGAGCUGUCCAUGGUGCUGACGGGUGCUGCCUUCUUUCACAAGUAUUACGCCUACCUGUAUUCUUAUGUGAUGCCCCAGGCCAUCCGAGACAUGGUGGAUGAGUAUAUCAACUGUGAGGAUAUCGCCAUGAACUUCCUUGUCUCCCACAUCACACGGAAGCCCCCCAUCAAGGUGACAUCGAGGUGGACUUUUCGAUGCCCGGGGUGCCCUCAGGCCCUGUCCCACGAUGACUCUCACUUUCAUGAGCGGCACAAGUGUAUCAACUUUUUUGUCAAGGUGUACGGCUAUAUGCCUCUCCUGUACACACAGUUUAGGGUGGACUCUGUGCUCUUCAAGACCCGCCUGCCCCAUGACAAGACCAAGUGCUUCAAGUUCAUCUAGGGCCUUGCCAGUUCUGAGGAGAAGACAGUGAGCAGAGUGAGGGGAGUCACCCCCAAGGUUCCCAAGGUGUUGAAGGUCCUUGGGGACAUCGUGGGGCAGGGCCCAGGCCCUUUGCUUGGAGAAGAGCAGGGAGAGUAGAAAGGGAUGGCUGUCUUUAUUUUGAAGUCAGCCGCACUGGGCCUGGAAUCCUGGUCAGCAGACUCAGGGCACCGACUAAUGGCGAACACUGAGGACUGUUCAUGAGCCCGGGACAGCUGGUUCCCGGUUUUUAAAUUCAGAACAGCAUUUACUAUUUAAAGAGAGAGUUUCACAUCUGCCAUCCAAGGCUUAUUUAUAUGUGCGUAUAUGUACACACAUAUGUGUAUAUACAUGUAUAUGCACGCACACACACACACACACACACACACACACACACACACACACACACACACACACACACACAUUUUGGUGGGUCAGGGUGCACCUGAAGUUUCUGCCAAUCUCUCCAAGGGAGGGACCUACCCAGCCAUGUAUUAGAGAGGGUCCUGGCCCUGCAUUACCUGGACAGUCAUUUGCGGCCCCACCCUCCUGGGGACACUGGCUGCAGAAGAAAUAAGCGGGAUGGCCCUGGCCUAGGCUGGAUCUCCUGACCCAUUCCAGCCUCUUCCCAAUGCCUCCAUGCUGCUCUCACAGCUUCUCCUGCUGGGGGCUGCACAGUGGGGACCGGCGCGCUCCAGACGCUCUGAAGGGUUGGAAUCAGUCAGCACUCACGUGUCACCCGGCUUCCAUUCUUUCUUGUGUUUGAGAAAGAAUGAGGAGGCAAACAGUAAGGCAGAAAUGAGACCUGUACUUAGCCCACCCUCUGGGUGACCCUGGUGCAAGGUGCAGGGUGCUGGUGGUUGGUUCCCAUAGUACUUGUCUCUCUCAGAGGAGACAGCAGGAAUUUAGCAGGCUGGCUGGGAGCUCAUCUGGUGUAGAACCAGCCUGUGUCCUUUGAGGCUUCCAGAGUCUUACUGCAAGGCAUGCGCCUUGGAAAGAACACCUAGGUGAAAUUCACCUUCCCUCUUGUGUCUAGACUUCCAUCCUGUACCUGUGGGGUUUAGACCCCAAUGCCAUGUUGGCUAUAGGAAGCCCCGCCUUCAAGGUCUGGGGUGUGCUAGAACCUGGAGGCUGAUUUGCUGGGUGAGUCCUAGUCUGCGGUGGACGUUAACAGGCAUUCACCCCAAGUUACCACUUUCCAUGGCUGUUGAUGGGCUGAAAGUGAAGUAAGCUACCUUGGGGCACAGUGGCCGUGGGAAACUGUUGUGUCAGGGAUUCGGCCUGCGACUUGUCCCCCAGCCCCAGCGACUGAAUCAGAGCUCAGUCUGUCCUGGUCAUGCACCUGCCUUAAGCCAGUCCCGUCUUCUUAGGCCCUGACUGUGUGCUGCUGCUUGGGGUCCUCUCUGCCUGCUGUCCUGACUUCUCUCUAGAUCCCUCCUGCAGUGGGGCUGGCACGGCCCCUGGGAGCCCCUCAGCCCAGCAGGGCCAGGCCGCUGCAGAAUUUCCACUGAGUCUUCUGGAACCUCAUACCAGGGCUGCCGGGGACAUUUGGUUCUUGGCAACUCAGUGAUGGAGUGUCCUUCCCCGACCGUCUGUCCUCUCACCAGUCCUUGUAGCAGUAGCCCUCUUCCCUCAGGGGAGCCAAAGAGUGUGGUGUUUUUUGCGCUGAAUAUGUGGCUGCUGUUUUAUCUUUUUCUUUCCUUUCCCAGUAUUGGGAUGGAAGCCAGAGCUGUGGGUGGACUUCCUGACAAUCGCUCUGCCACGAGCCCCGUCCCUGUCGUCUUGUUUCUUUCCAUUGAGAGGUUGUAAAUGGUGCUGUGGCACCCAAUAAGAAAGUCCGUCUCUGUGGUAGGACCCCCUUUGUGGGGCACUAAAAGCUAUGGCUCCCCCAUGGGUAUCACUGAAAUGCGUUUGCGGGAGAGCAAUGUCAGAGUGUCCAAUGGGAUAGCACCUCUGAGCCUGGUGGGAACGCUGACUGAAGGACCCAGCAGCAAGCAUGGACAGCGAUGACUGCACCUGAGGGACUCUGCCGAGGCAAGAAGCAGAGAAAGUUGGACCCUGCUUGUGAUUUGGGUUGGGUUAGGGGACACGCUUGGAAAUGACUGUGCCAGUACACGUGUGGGGAACCUGCUUGGUGUUUGAUGCUGCUCAUCAUGGUCACCUCCUAGUGCGUAUUCCUAACAGGUCACACUCGGCUAGUCUUAGCUCCGGUGCCAGGACAGCUUUGUUUUCCAGUUGCUCUUUAUCUUGAGGUCCAGGGCCACCCACAGAGUGACCGUCUCCUAGGGUGCCUCCAGCCGGUGGACCACCUCUAAUGCUCCUGUCUGGGGUGGCCUUGUUAGCGAACAUGGAGCUGGGGGUGGGGCUGCCCGGGGUGGCUCUGAUAACUUGUCCAUCUGUCUGCCCCUUCCAAACCAUGAGCACAAAGGUCUUACAUUGGAUUUUUGUAAAAAAACAAAAUAAAUGGAGACUUUAACUCAA